CUGCCCCCCGCCGCCUGCUGGGCCGGCCGAGGAUGCAGCGCAGCGCCUCGGUGGCCAAGCUCGCUCUGCUCCAGCGUGCUUGCUAACUUCCCCGGCUCCGUCUCUGCCUGCCGGGGUCGCCCCGUGUCCCUGCGCCCUCCGGGUCUGGUUCUCUAAGCUCUCUGGGCGCUGCCUCCGGGUCCCUUGCAGCCCGCUCGCGAGCCCGCGCUCCCCUCCUGCGCCCCACCCUCGUCCUCGCCAUGCUGCCCUUCGGCCUCGUGGCCGCCCUGCUGCUGGCCGCAGGGCCUCGGCCGAGCCUGGGCGACGAAGCCAUCCACUGCCCCCCUUGCUCCGAGGAGAAGCUGGCGCGCUGCCGCCCCCCCGUGGGUUGCGAGGAGUUGGUGCGGGAGCCAGGCUGCGGUUGUUGCGCCACUUGCGCCCUGGGCUUGGGGAUGCCCUGCGGGGUGUACACCCCACGCUGUGGCUCAGGCAUGCGCUGCUACCCUCCCCGGGGGGUGGAGAAGCCCCUGCGUACAUUGAUGCACGGGCAAGGCGUGUGCACGGAGCUGUCGGAAAUCGAAGCCAUCCAGGAAAGCCUGCAGACCUCUGACAAGGAUGAGAGCGAACAUCCCAACAACAGCUUCAACCCCUGCAGUGCCCAUGAUCACAGGUGCUUGCAGAAGCAUAUGGCCAAACUUAGAGAUCGGAGCAAGAUGAAGAUCGUGGGGACACCUCGGGAGGAACCCCGUCCUGUGCCCCAGGGUUCCUGCCAGAGCGAGCUGCACCGGGCCCUGGAGCGGCUGGCCGCCUCACAGAGCCGUACCCACGAAGACCUCUUCAUCAUCCCCAUUCCAAACUGUGACCGCAACGGCAACUUCCACCCCAAACAGUGUCACCCCGCCCUGGACGGACAGCGCGGCAAGUGCUGGUGUGUGGAUCGGAAGACAGGGGUGAAGCUUCCUGGGGGUUUGGAACCCAAGGGGGAGCUGGACUGCCACCAGCUGGCUGACAGCUUCCAAGAGUGAGACCUGCCAGCAGGUGGGGGACUCAGUGCCCCCUACUAGGCCCCUAUGCUCUGGGGUUGUAGAGUUGACCUGGCAUGGAGUCUUCGUCUGAGUCCUGGCUGUCUGCCUCUGGCCCUGCCCAAAAUUUCCCUUUGUGUGUAUGUGCGCGCGUGCGUGUGUGUGUGUGUGUGUGUGUGUGUGUGUGUAUGUGUGUGUGUGUUUAUAGGAUGUGCCCUACAGGAUAAGCCUGAGCCUUCGCGUGCCCACCAUGGGCUUAGAUACCCCCAAGAGGUCUGAGUGUAGCAAUAGGAAUUCCCAGUGUCCUUUCAAAUCAAUCUGGAAUUCAUUCAUUCAUUCAUCCAUCUGAAAACACGUAUUGAAAACAUACUAUGUGCCAGCUUUAGUUUUCAGCCCCGGGAAGCCUCGUUGUGAUUUCCUUCGAUUGUAGCAUGCGACAAGGUGUUCCCAACUCAAGGCCCGAGGGAGAAGAGAAACCUCAUUCUUGGAGUGAGAGAGAAAGAAAGUGGUGAACAUUGAACACCCUCCCUCUCCAUCUUGGCCAGAGCGUGAGAAGGUGUGGAGUAGAGGCUCAUGGCUCAUGAGACCCACCUCUGCUCUGUGCUGCUGCGUAGAGCUCUCUCCUCGGGGCCUCCAGGGCACAAGCUUGAGGGACAGGGCCCAUCUUUGGUUUGGGUAUUCCGUCAUCCGACAAUGCCUUGCAGGUAGAUCUCCGCUGUGGGAAAGGAAUGGGGUGAGGAAGGCCUGAAGGACGGGGCAGAGAAGUGGGCUCAUCACUCUGAGACUGCAGGAGAGAGGAAAGAAUGUGAGAUUGGAUUGUGUGUGUCUGAAGAAUGGCCCCAUUCUGGUCCCUAUUUGUGGUUACUGGUCAUGAAGUCACCAGGAUGACUCUAUCUUUCUAGUUGCCCACCACCUGUGGCUUUGCCUCCAUCCCCAUAUUUCCCUUCCCUUACACCUCCUGUCCUGCCCUCUCUACCCCCCUGGGCAUUUUCUGGCUUGCCUGGAUAGAUUUAGAGACCUGCUUGUUGGCUAUAAUGUCUUUUCAUUCUUUCUUCUUCCUUUUUUAAAAAAAUCAGAACAAACCCAAAAA